AUGACUGGUAAUCCGAUCGUGUGCGAUUGUAAAUUUCCUUGGAUUUACAGUGAAAACUAUCGUUCGCUGUUCAAUCGUUUGCAGUGCGUUCAAACGUCAACCAAAUUAAUAACAGAUCUCGCGCAGAUGGAAAGUAAUGAACUGUGUGCUUGGGAACCGGUAAUGUGCCCUAGCAAAUGCAAUUGUUAUACACAAUCUGAAUUCCUGCACAUCAAGUGUAAAGGUGCCCAACAUAUCGAACAGUUCCCACGUCCCGAACAAGUUGGACUCAAGAGUUCGGUACUUGAUAUUAGUGAUAACAAUUUCAUUGUAUUACCGCUAAACACCACCUUCGGCUAUGGUAACGUUUCGCAACUCAACGCGUCGUACAAUAAAAUCACGAAUAUAAGUGUCGCUCAACUCCCAACCAAUUUGACGGUUUUGGAUCUACGAAAUAAUCGCUUAAAAUCUUUAGAUGAUGAAUUUUUGCGUACAUACCUCAAUGACAGCACAAAACUAGAAUUUCUCUAUCUCAGUGAAAAUCCUUGGUUUUGCGACUGUAGCGCGCAGCAAUUUCUGUACACCAUACGUACACAUCGGGCACGCAUACCCGAUGCCGACCAGUUACUUUGUGUUAAUCAGCAGAACGUUACUCUUCUAAAAGCAAAUGUGAGAGAAUUGUGUGAAGCUCCUGUUAAUGAAUAUUAUCACCGCUUGAUUGCAACUGUCAUUAGUGUGUCUUUAACCAUUAUUAUUUCCCUUUGCAUUAUCGCACUCUUUUAUAAAUAUAAACUAGAAGUGAAAGUCUGGUUAUAUGGCAAGAACAUAUUGAGAUCUUGCAUUCAAGAAUGUGAGCUGGAUAAGCAUAAAAAAUUCGAUGCCUUUAUUUCAUAUGCACACCAGGAUGCAGACUUCGUCAACCAUACAUUACUGCCGCAGCUCGAACAGUGCGAACCACCAUUUCGUGUAUGCACGCACGAACGCAAUUGGCUGGCUGGCGCUUAUAUACCUGAACAAAUCAUCGAAUCGGUGGAACAGUCACGUCGGACGAUCAUUGUGCUCUCGCAGCACUUCAUCGAGUCAGAUUGGGCGCGCAUGGAGUUUCGCACAGCGCAUCAGUGCUCGUUGAACGAGGGUCGUGCGCGCAUAAUAAUGAUUAAAUAUGGUGAAAUCUCGAACAGUGAGUUAUUGGAUAGAGAAUUAAAGGCAUAUCUGGAUAUGAAUACAUAUCUGGAUUGGCAAGAUGUCAGAUUUUGGGACAAAUUACGCUACGCCAUGCCUCAUAAAGUCGGUAGUGAGAAGAAUUCCGAUAUGCUUGAAGUUAAUGGUAGAAUAUAUGUUAUGGGACAAGUUGAAAUGAAUCGUUUACGUGACGAGAGUGUUUAAAAUUUGAAGAAGAUACUCAAUAAAACAUCCACUUUCUUCUGUGAAUCGAAAAGUCAUUCAAAAUAUUGCUACUAAGAGAAAAAGAGAGAGAGAAUCUUGGCCGACCUGUAAACACAUGCAAUCCAAUUUUA